AUGGUUACUAUGUGGGAUGCAGAAUUUUACAUCAAAGUUGACAAUGAUGUUCACGUGAACAUAGGUCAUACAUUAGUUAGACAUAGAAAGAAGAAAAGAGUAUAUAUCGGAUGCAUGAAAUCCGGUCCGGCAGUUGUUUCAAUAGGAAAGCAAGAAGGUCUAAAAGGGUAUUGGAAGGGUAACCUUGCUCAGGUGCAGUUCAACUAUUUGCUUAUGGGUCUUACAAGAAACUUUAUAGGGGGAAAGAUGGUGAGCUUUCUGUUAUUGGGAGAUUAG